UUUUGGUUCCGAGGCUGCAGCAGCGUCUCCUGUUCGGAGCGGCAGGUUUGGGGAUCAAUCUCAAACAGCUUCAGAGUUCUGAGACGAGUUCCUUCAGAAGGGGGGAUCGAACCUGCACCCUGCGGAGUUCAGGACACAGCGAGUCAAGAGCUGUUUGUGAUUGAAGCCUUGACAUGGGUGGCGUUUUUGAUUAUUGACACCAGAGAGAUUAAAGUUCUGUUCCAAAUGGAACUUUAAUCUCUGUGGUAGCAUCAGUGAUUUUCUACGCUGUGGUCUGCUGGGGCUGUGGAAGUUCAGAGAGGGACAGGAAGAACCUUAAUAAACUGGUCAGAAGGGCUGGCGCAGUCUUGGACUGUCCUCUGGACUCCACUGAGGUGCUAUGCUUAAGUUUCUAACAAGCAGCACAGAGUCCAGCCAGUGGAGGGAUAGAACCAGAUAGGACGGGCACAGAUGAGCCACCUUCAUCCAGCACAGAUGAGUCGUAUGCAGCUGCCUCAGCCAGUACAAGCAGCAGCACAGGUCCAGUACAGACACGGGGGAAGAACAGGCAGCCUCGGCCACUAUUCACACAACCACGUGUGCACAGCAAGCAUCAGAAGCUAGCUCAGACUGUAUGCGGACUGAGUUAGUGCGCAGAGGUCCAUUCAAGCCAGGAGUAGAUUUUCCUUACCCCAAAGACAAGUCCAGAAGAGGGUUCCAUCCAGGAUUAUUACAGAGACGGCUGUCAAACGGUUACAAGGAGCGGGAGCGGACACCUGUCCAUAAUGUCAAUGUUCAGCACAGGAGUGCUGGUCCUCACGUCCCCUCUCCACACCCUCCCCUUCCGUCUCGCUCCCGUCCUUCAGUUUGCCUCUAAGCUGGUGCAGCACACCCUCUACGUUCAUCUCCACCCAGGCCUCAACCUGGGAGCAGGCUGCCCUUCUCGGCCGGUCUUCAUCCCCCCGUCCGUGGAUCUCCCGGGUCUCAUAUCGCACCUGUACAGCAACGCGGCUGACAUCUGCGCUCACUUGGAUGUCCGGCUGCUUCUCGCCAACAUCCGUGCCCAGCAGGACGCCCUCCUCGACCCUUUCCCCUCUCCUCAGACGCUUUCUCAGUUCCCAGAGGUUGUCAUGACGGAUUUUCCCGUAAAGGACUCGGGGCAGACGUCUCUGGUGGCUCGGUGCCUUCAGGUUUACGCCGGAAGCUGCUACGUGUGCGCGCCCGGCCUUUCCUCUGUCGUCUUGUGGCCACAGCUGAAGGAAGUGAUGGAAGAGCAGGAGGAAAACAGGAAGAAAAACGACUCGAAGCUUGUCGAGACGUAUGGAGACGUGGUGGUGGGUGGAACCUUCGACCGUCUGCACGGUGCUCACCGGACCCUGUUGAAUAUUUGCUGCUUGAUGGCGAAUAGGCGCUUUCUGAUCGGAGUGUGUGACCAGGAACUGCUUAAAAGCAAGGUGUUGAAGGAGCUGAUCGAACCGUACAGCAGGCGUGUGCAGAAGCUCCGCGAGUUCCUGAACGACGUGAAACCGUCCCUGACGUACGACAUCGUCCCCUUGUCCGACCCCUUCGGCCCGUCUGUCAGCGACGCCGAGUUGCAGUGCAUCGUGGUUAGCGAGGAGACGAAGCGGGGCGGCGAGGCUGUCAAUAAGAAACGAGUAGAAAAUGGACUACGAGAGCUGGUGCUGUAUGAAAUUCCUCUGAUUAAAGAUGUACAUCAUUCAGACAUCGAGGAGGAGAAGAUCAGCUCAUCGAGCCUGCGCAAACGCCUCCUGGGCACGCUCCUCGUCCCUCCCAUGCCACGCCCUGCCCUCUCUCGGCUCCCGUACGUGAUCGGCCUGACAGGAGGCAGCGGAAGCGGGAAAAGCUCCAUCGCUCGGAGACUGGAAGGACUCGGAGCUGCACGGAUCGACGCAGAUCAGCUCGGCCACGAAACCUACCAACCCGGCACGGAUGCUUAUCGUAGGAUAGUGCAGGAGUUUGGCACAGAUAUCGUUAACGAGGAUAAGACUAUUGACAGACGAGCUCUGGGGAGGAAGGUGUUCGGAAACAAGGAACGAUUAAAAGCUCUAACUGAUAUCGUAUGGCCUGAGAUUGCACGUCUCGUGAAAGAAAGAGUGCAGCGAGCUAAAGAAGACGGGAAGCGCGUGUGUGUGGUGGACGCUGCAGUGCUGCUGCAGGCCGGAUGGACAGAGAUGGUUCAUGAAGUCUGGGUGGCCAUUAUACCAGAGGAAGAGGCCGUGCGGCGUAUCGUCCAGCGGGAUGGGGUGAGUCAGGAAGACGCAGGGAGGAGGUUGCAGAGUCAGUGGUCUAACGUGCAGCUGGUGGAGCAGGCCAACGUUGUUCUGUGUACGCUCUGGGAACCGGACGUCACUCAGAAACAGGUGGAAAAAGCCUGGAAUUUACUUCAAGUUCGGCUACAGGAGAAAAAACAGGAAACUGGAUUUCAACACUGAGACGUGUUCGACGUGUGCACAUUUCCUUCUUUGGACAGAGAUUAAGAUCCAAUAGAUUGGGCUUGACACCUUACUCAAGACUUUCUACAAUUCAGCUUGGUCCGAUUCUCCCCUCCAUAAGUUACAACCCGGUGUUUGCGGAAACACUCAUAACCAUGCCAGUCUUUUUUCGAAUCUAGAUAGUUGAUGAUCUUGACUUUCAAAGCAACUUUGGGUCUGUUAGUGAAAAUAUCACACUUAUUUGAGUUUGUGGCUUUAUUUUACUUACAUCACCAAAACGAAACACUAUACAAUAACACUGAAUCAGGUUUCAGCAUAUAAACGAGAACGGAACCCAUUUUAACCCUGACUGACCUGUAAAGUUACGUCUAAUCUUUGGAUACAAUGACUGAUUCUGUAGUUUUGGAUUCUGACUGAUGACAAAGCAGGUGUAGCUAGCAGCUAAGCACCGACUCUUGGAAGACUAGCAUUGUUUAAACAAACAUGAACAAGUUUUAUUAAACAGCACAAUAAAUCAAGUUGUAAUAAUUAUUGUCUGAAUCAUGAUUCUAGACUGUUAGUGAUGAGCUCAGUGUUUAAGACACUACAGUACAAGACUUGACAGUAAUGGUAGUCCGACUGUCCGGGACAACUUGAAUAUUUGUUAAAUCACCUUUAGCGUACUAACUCUUCAAGAGUUACAUCAAAAUUAGCACUAGUUCAGUUUUUUCAGUGAUGCAGGUACAUUAUUGUUUAUGAAAAAUUCCCAGGAGGUGUAUGUGUAAAAAUAACCAUAUCAUUGCCAAUUAUAGAUUAGACUUGGCAGUAAACUCAAUGUCAAAUACCUCAAAAUAAAUGGGACUCUGCAUUUCA